AUGCCUGUCUCAACCCGCCGAACUGUGCGCUCCAAGCCUUCGACAGCACCGACAGCGCCAAACACCGCGUCCCCAUCUCCAGCUCCAUCUCCAUCAUCGCUCUACUCGAGACUCUCGGAGAUGAAUACAUACAAAAUCACCACCCUGCUACUAACCUUCUUCGCGGCUACUCACACGGUCUUCGGCCUCAUCCUCCCAAACGACUUCGGCGUGGAGGGUAACGACGUUUUCUCCGCCAUGCAGACUGUGAGGUUCAAUUUCAUGGGCAGUAGGAGGACCUUGCACGAUUUCUACAUGGGAUUCGGUUUAGGUGUGACCGUGUUUCUGUGCAUGAGCGCGACGUUAUCGUGGAUCUUGAGCGUCUACCCUGAUACCGCUGGCUCUGCAGCUUGGGGCUUGACGAAAGCAGACGCGAAGGAGAUCGAGGAUGGCAAUGCAGAAUUGGGUUUGGCGAGGAUUGUGGGCAUGUUGAAAUGGGUCCUGUUCAUGAGCAACCUUGCCCACAUGGUGCUUUGCUAUGUUUACCUCUUUAUCCCGCCCAUGGUGGUGAGUACCGUGAUCGCGGCGCUGCUGGGUUGGGAGUGCUUCAAGGACUUGACCUACUGGGAGCGAAAAAAGGCAGAAAUGCGACGUACAGAAGGGGCUCAAGGACGCGGCUUUGAUUGA